AUGAGAUUCUACUUCCCUUUCGUGACUCUGCUAGUCUGUGCGGCUGCUCAAUCUACUAUCUUAGUCGACCUUAACCAAAACAUCGCUCCGCAGAUAACUAAAUUAUCGGCUGAUGUCGAAGGGUUUCCCGAUAGCGGUCUUGAUGGCGCAUUGGCGAUCGAUACCGACUCGAAAGACUUGGUGAAUAUCUUCGACUCCGCUACGGAGAAUGCUAGAAAUGAAGGGUCGUUCAGUUUUGCCGACGGCGUGGCCAUCCUUGCGGAUUUAAGCCCUGAAUACCUUGAUGCGCUCGUCGCAGAUUCACCGAUUGCUCAGGUACCGCCUUUCGUAGCAGUCAGAACCACCUGGGCCAGUGCAUUCGCGGAAACCCUUGCAGACUAUGCAUCCGAAGCUUGA